ACAUCAUGAUUAUCUCUGAGGCCAUUCUGUGAUUAUUUGCUGAUGGCGGCUGCUUGGUUUUAUUGCAGACUCUAUUGCCUUUUUCAUCAAUUUGCAGGGAGCGUCUGUCACCGCGGCCCCGCGAGCCAGACCCCGCCGCCGUGACCCACGGGUCAAAGGUCAGCCGGCCACUCCGCCAUUACCGCAACUCAUCAGCUGCAGACACCAGGCGGACCCGGCGCAUUUUUAAUUAUGGGAUGCAGGCUACAGGGAAUUGUCAUCUCUUGUCCCGUUGGCUGUUGCCGUGGUGACCGGUGUGGAGAUAAUAGCAGUUAAUGAGAUAUUAACCCCGAAUAAGGAAGAAGACAGGAAGUGAUGAGCGUUUGUGGGAAAGACUAAAGACAGGAUUCGUCAAUGGAUGACCCCGGCCUGAUCAAUAUUGUUCUGUUAUUCAGCGUCGGUAACAAGCAGCCUCGACCUCGGCCCUCUGAGACUGAGGAGCAAAUAACCACAAUCAAAGGAUGGCGCCAGCAAGCAGCCCCGCUCCCUUGUCUCCCUCCGAGUCCUUGCACACCAAUCUCGUCAUCCCAGAGGUUCAAAGAUGAAGAUAUCAGGAUGUCUAAAGCAGCAGAAGAGGAGAAGCCUGGGGCUGAGUAUCCAGGGGACAGUUCAGACUCUGACAGAAACAGCCCCGAUGACCAGGUCCAGCCGAUGAAAACAAGCCCCUUCAGCAUCUCUCCCACACCGGCUGGUAGCAAGGGAAAGAGUGAGGAGAGCUCUGAGAUGGCCCAUAGCAACAUCCCCCCUUCCUCUCAACAACAACAACAACAACAACAGCAACAGCAGCAGCAGCAGCAGCAGCAGCAACAACAACAACAACAGCAACAACAACAACACCACCACACACAGCUAAUGCUGGCUGGCAGUCAGCUAGCAGGGCUUGCCGCUCUGCUCCCAGCCCAGCAGCAGCUGCUCCUACAACAGGCUCAGGCUCAGCUCCUGGCGGCCGCCGUUCAGCAGUCAAACGCUGCCCAUGCCGCUCACGCUGCCCAUGCUGCCGCGCAGCAACAAGCCAACCAGCAGCAACAGCAGAGCCAAUCACAAUCCCAGCAGCAACAGCAGCAGCAACAGCAACAAACCAAACAGGAACAAACUGUCCAAGCCCCGCCUCCACCACAGCUGGCCCUGUCACAGCCGAUCCAGCUCACAGCCCAGGACAUCCAGCAGCUGUUGCAGCUCCAGCAGCUGGUUCUGAUGCCGGGUCAUCAUCUCCAGUCUCCUGCCCAGUUCCUCCUGUCUCAGCCACCACAGGCACAGCAGCCGCAGCAGGGUUUGCUCUCGACACCAAAUCUGAUCCAGCUACCUCAGCAAAGCCCAGGGGGGCUACUGACAACCCCGCCUCGCCUGGGUCUCCAAGCACAGAGGGAGAAGAGCAGCGAUGUUGUGGUUGGCGGAAGCAGCAGUGGCGGCAGCGGCUCUAUAGUCGCCACCGGCAGCAGCAGCGUUGGUGUUGUGACGUCUGUAGGAGCCACCUCAGCAUCUAGCAGCGCCAUGGCUUCCUCGUUGACUUCUGGCUUGACUCCUGGAGGUCACGGGAGUCACAUGGGGGAAGAACCCAGCGACCUGGAGGAGCUGGAGCAGUUUGCCCGCACCUUCAAACAACGACGCAUCAAGCUCGGAUUCACCCAGGGAGACGUUGGUGUUGCGAUGGGUAAACUGUAUGGUAACGACUUCAGCCAGACCACCAUCUCCCGAUUUGAAGCUCUCAACCUGAGCUUUAAGAACAUGUGCAAGCUGAAACCACUGCUGGAGAAGUGGCUGAGUGAUGCAGAAACCAUGGCAGUAGACAGCAUGCUGCCCAGCCCGUCUUCUCUCUCCUCCCCUAUGUUGGGCAUCGAGGGUCUAUCCGGCCGGCGCAGGAAGAAGCGCACCAGCAUCGAGACCAAUGUGCGAGUGGCCUUAGAGCGCAACUUCUGCACGAACCAGAAGCCUACCUCGGAGGAGAUCCUGCUCAUGGCGGAGCAGCUCAACAUGGAGAAGGAGGUGAUUCGUGUUUGGUUCUGCAACCGUAGACAGAAAGAGAAACGCAUCAACCCCUCUAGCAGCACCACCCCUCCCUUGCCCAGCCAGACUUCACCUGUUGUGACACACAAAGCCCCCUGCUACAGCCCGCACAUGAUAUCGAGUCAGGGUCUGUCCCAGGUCACCACCUGUCUCAGCACAACAGCCGCCAGCUCUUCAGCAUCCUGCCCCAUGACUCCUGUCAGCUCCGCUGCAGUAGGCUCCGCCUCUUCUUCUGUAACCCCACCCCCACAUAGCACAGCUAGCCCUGCCCCUCCCAGCCUUGGGGCCCACGGGCUCAACACUGGGAACACAUUGAUGGGAGUAAGCACAGGGAUGAACCAGGCCCUCAUUGGCAGCAGUCCCCUGGCUACCAUGCAAGCUCUGGCAGCCAGCAGUGGUCAGCUGCCCAUCUCCAGCCUCGAGGGGGGAGCCGCUCACAUGCUUCUGGGAGGACCUGGGGGUCCCGCUGUACCUCCUUCCCUCCGCCCCUCACUCUUCCUCAACCGCCCUACCCUCCUCCCCAUGGUGACCGGCUCCAUGGCAACAACCUCCACACCUGCCAUGGGACUGGUCAGCAGCGUUGGUGGAAUGUGCGGCCCCCGUCCCUCCUUCUCCCAGUCUCCGCCGCCCGGCGCCAGCGACCUCAUGAGCCCGACUUCGUGUCCCGAGGAGUCCGCAUCUCCUUGUUCAAGCCCCGCCUCCUUCUGUUCUUUCAGCGAAGCCUCGCCACCUCCUUUGGGAGGGGCCAUGGCCGAGUGAUCCCUCACUGACAGCCAAAGUUUCUUAUCAGAGGAGAACGAGGAGGAGGAAGAGGAAGAGUUAAAGGAGCUUUAAAAAUCUAAAUUUACAACCUCGCCUUUCAACCAAAGCCAUCUCUCUGUCUGAUCCAUCUCUGAUUUCGUCUCUCUCUUUCUCUGUCUCCCCGCUGAAGUCUUCUGAAGCCAAAAAUAUACACAGAUGGAUGAUGGGAGGAAGCAAAGAGAGAGGGAGAAUGGAGAGGAUAGAGAGAACUGCAGAACGGAGGGGGGACAUUUGAAACCAAAUAAUGAUCUACAGCUGGAGAGGUGGCACUGAGGAGUGUUUUUGCUCAGCAUCGGGGAAAUGAACAGCAUGCUUUUUAUCUGCUGGAGAAAAAAUAAACUUGCUGAGGGCAGGGAUGAGAAGCGAAACUGUGUGUGAGAAAUGGGAGGCAAAAAGAAAAGACUUGUUUAACAAGCUCAGAAGGUCAUGUGGUUGCAACCAAAUUUAAAAAAAAAACAAAACAAAAGAAGAGGGAAAAGAUGCUAGAAGAGAAACACACACUUACAAAGAUGAAAACCAAAAUCUCCAAAUACCAAAAACUGAAAACCAAAAAAGACAAAAAAACAACAAAACGGAGAGAAAAGCUUUAGUUCAAAAAGACUUUGCAUUCUGAUCUGUCCAGGAUCAGGUCAGUACUUCAUUUCACUUCAUGACAAACAUUUGCCAUUUCACUCAGGAUUUCCUUUGUUCUCAUUGUCAGUUUUACAAAAUAUCUAUUUUUUUCUAUUAAUUUACAUUAAUCGCUCUUUGUGGUAUUACAGAUAUGUAAUGUUUUACAGCUGAUCCCACAUGCAGCAUAUCUACCUACCUCUCUCUUUACAGUGAUGCAUACCUUACAGUAGAACAGGCAGUGUUUGUUUUCACCAGUCUGGGGUGGCAGAUGGGUGGAGUUUACUACUAUAAUUACUAUAGCAUCACUUAAGAUGCCGAUCCAUACUUACUGUAGUAUACUUUGCUGUUAAUGCCUGAGCUUUCUGGUAUUCAUUAAAUUAUACUAUGUGGUAAAACCGACCCAUCUGGCAUAUAAAUUGGAUAAAACCAACCGUACAUGUUGGAAAAUCUUAUUUGAUCCAGGUAAAAAUAAAUAUAUUGGUCAUUUUUUGUUGGUUGUUUAGCUGUUUUAUUAACAUCCUAAUUUUCUGUGCAAAGAGAACAUUUUCUAUCAGGAUUUCAUCAUCAAUAUUCUCACUGUUGUCUUUAGUGUUUGCUCAAAUCGAAGUAAACACACUCAACAGUCUACAAAGAGGAUACCACAGGCAGAUGUGGACAGUCUUGGGAUUUUAUUCAGCAUUAUUUGGCUUCUUUUAUUUUCAUCACCCCAUACACACCCAUACCAUCAUCAUGUCAUCUUCCAGACUGCUCAUCUACCACCAGACAGUCACUCUUGGAUACCAAAGCAUCGCCUCUGGCAGCGUUGUCUCUUGAUUCGCCCGGGAGACGAGUGUCCAGACAAAACCUCAGCAGUGUCAAAGGGAAAACACACACACACAUACACACACACACUACAAGCAAAAGAAAGAGUCCAAACCAAAAAAAAAAAAAAAAGAACAAAAGAAAGAGGUGAAGCACCGGCGUUCCCCUUACUGCCCCCAAACCCCUGCCCUCCAUCCCUCCCUCCCAUCUGCCCCUCUCCUUUGUCUCCAAAGAUCAGAUCAAAGGGCCAAAAGAAAAGAGGAGAAGAAGAAGAGGAGGAGAAGCGGUCAGGAGCGGAGGAGCCAAAGGUAUGAAAAGCUGCAGGGGGAAAGCAAGAAGAUAGAAGGAAGAGGAGCAGGAGGAGGUGCGCUCGAAGCAGCGGACCAAAAAACCAAAAAGUAACCCAAAACCAAAAGCUACUACUACUGCUACUAAUUAUGUACGAGUGACUGAACCGUAACUAAA